GAUGUGUAGUCCGUGCCGCCAAGCCAAAACACCGGACGGUCGCACGGAGGUACUUAAACGACUGCACCGGGCCACAUCACCAACAGAAGUCAUCAUCAUGAAUUCCUUCAGUUUUAUUGUUGCAGUCGUUACUCUGGCCAUCCAGGUUUACGACACUUCGUCCUGCGAUUGUAUCUGCCCCAAGCCAUUAUUCAAGCCGUUCAACGUUCCAAUUCCUUUCCCUAUCCUGAAACCCAUUGCCGCGUCGUUACCGUGCUCUCUGGAGAAACCGCCAAAAAUCCCGUUGUUGCUGCUCUCCAAACUCUUGUUCCCACUACUCAAGAAAUGUGGACCCCUGCCCUUGCCCUUACCUCUGCCUGUAUCGGCGCCUAAAAUAUGUCUGCCGGCUCCAAUUUCGAAACCAGUACCAUGUUUACCUCCAGUCGUCCCCGCACCCGCACCCGUUUGUACUGAUCUUUCUUCUGAACUCUUGGCUCUGUUGCUCAGUGCUUCUCCAAUAGCUUUGCCUCAACUAACCCCAUUGGCUCCACCGGCUCCUUGCGAUAUUUCUCCAGCGUUGUUGACAAGCUUGCUGUCCUCGUUAAACGGGAAAUGCACCCCACCUCCCGUUGAGUAUGCUUCACUUGCCCCCAUUGCUAUCCCGUCUACUCCUCCAGUGUGUCCAUCGAACCUCGAUAUCCCAACCGAACUUUUAUUAAGCCUUCUAUCCCCAACAUCAUCCGGUUACUCUCCGUGUUAUUAAUUCGUUUUGUAAAUAGCAAAAUCGUUGUGUUAUAAUAUACUUACAAAAUGUUUACAUCUAAAAAAAUUAAAAAUGUUUUUACACAUAUGCAAGUUGUAUUUUAUUAUUUAAUUGUUUACUUUAACAUGAACUUAUACAUAAUGUACAAACACUAUUUACAUAUGUUAAAUAAAUGCACCGUACACCUGU